AUGGUCGGGCAGCCUCCGGCUGCGGGCGCCGAGCUCUCGGAUGGCGUCGCGUCCGUGCCGGGGCCGGCCGCCCUCCAGGGUGCCGUGGAGGUGCGCAUCGACGGCCCGCGGGUCGUCGACUGCCGCGCGUUCCCGCUCGUCCUCGGGCCGGCGCGCGCGGCGGCCGCGUCCCCGGCCGACCGGACCGCCUUCGUCUCCCAGGAGCGCGAGGCCCUCGUCGCGUGCCUGCGGCGCCACGGCGCCGUCGUCCUGCGCGGCUGGGGCCCGACGUCGACGUCGCGCGACUUCGCGGACGUCGUCGCCGGUUUGUGCCCGGACGCGCACGGCGGCAUGGCCUGCAGCGCGGGCGUGCGGCUGACGGUCGUCGACGGCGGCGCGACGCACGCCGUCGUGACCGCCAACGAGGCGCCGCCGGAGGACACGAUCCCGUUCCACCACGAGAUGGCCCAGUGCUCGACGCCGCCGAAGUACAUCUGCUUUUUCUGCGAGCGCGAGCCGGCGACGGGCGGCGCGACGCCGCUCGUGAUAAGCCGCCACGUGACCGCGUACCUCCGGGCGACCUUCCCGGACCUCUACGCGCGGCUCAAGGCCCGGGGCGUCCGCUACACGCGCGUGAUGCCGCGCGAGAGCGACGGCACGAGCGCGCUGGGCAAGGGCUGGACCGUCGCCUACGGCGUCGAGACGCGCGCGGCCCUCGAGGCCCGGCUCGACGCCGAGGGCUUCGCCUACCGCUGGCUCGCCGGCGACUUCGUCGAGACGGUGUCGCCGGCGCUCGCGCCGUUCCGCCGCGACGCGACCGGCGCCGAGAACUUCUUCCUCGCGGCGGAGACGACGUUCAAGGAGGCGAGCGGCGAGGAGGCCGGGGGGACGCUGCGGCCGACCAAGGGCAUCCGCUACGGCGACGGCGCGCAGCUCUCGGCGGACGACCUCGCCGCGCUCCGGGACGUCGGCGCGUUCAUCGACGCGCGCAAGGUCGCCUUCGCGUGGCGCCACGGCGACUGCCUCCUCAUCGAGAACGCGACGGCCAUGCACGCCCGGGCGACCUUCACGGGACCGCGGCGCAUCCUCGCCUGCAUGGCCGGGAACCUCGACGACGCGUGA